CAGACACCACCUAUUCUUCACUGAAGAAAGGCACAAGAUGUCUCAUCAGGUAGUUGGGAUGAUUCUAGUCUAUCUGCACAUAGCUCCCUCAGAAGAAGGGAUACAAAUUCAGCAAAGUCCAGGCCAGAUGUGGCUGACUCCUGGACAGAAGGCACAGCUGGAUUGUAGCCAUUCCCUACAAGGACAGAGAGCUCUGUGGUACAAGGAACAGCCGAGUGGAAGUUUGCAAAGGAUUGAAAUGUCAGAUGGAAGAUACUCAAGUACAGUGAACAUUUCAGCAAACAGGUUUUCUCUGAUGAUCAGCAACGUACAAAGAGAUGACUCCGGGGUGUAUUUCUGUGGCCUUAAUGCCUAUAUACACCCCGACUUUGGGAAUGGGACCAGGCUAAUUGUCACAGAUGCCGCCGAGCCGAGACUUUCCGUCCUGGUGCCCUCCGACCUGGGAGAUGCUGAGCUUUUCCAUGACGUGCCUCUUCUUUGCCUUCUCUCGGAUUUCGCUCCCCCCUGGAGCAUUCUCUGGGACACCGGGGAGGAGGCGUCGGAGGGCCAGAUGGAUGCCGGAGCCAUAGACGGGGAUGGGGUCUUCAGCGUCUGGAGCCUAACGACAAUCCUGUCCAAGUGGUGGAACCAGGGGACGAGCUGCACGUCCAAGGAGAAUGGCACAGGGAGAAACAUCAGCGCUACCGUCACCAAGGAAACAGACUGUAGGAUUGUGUUCUACGCUGGGUUGCCCUGUAUUUUCAUCCUGCUCCUGAUCCAGCUCUUGAUCUUGCUCUGGAGAAAGCGCCUGACCAGAGGAAGAGCUGUCCCAAGAGAGAACCCCAUACCGAUGAGGCAGGUACCGCAGACGGAAUACGCGACUCUGACACACAACAGAAAUGCUCCCUUUUAACUGCUGCCAUCUCACAAAAGUAGCUUGUAUUUUUUAAAACAAGAGAUGAAGAGGAAAAAAAAAAAAGAAAGGAAAGAGAAAGUGAGAGUCACGUGCCACAUUUACACCGGAGGAUGGAAAGCACUGGACAUUACAAUGCUGCUCUUGGAGCGCAGCAGUGAACUACUGUUGGGUGUUCACACUCUCAGCCACCAGCACCUUAGCUUGGUCACACUCACAGCACUUUCUGGGUAGCUGCCCCACACAGCACUUCCUCUGAUGACACAGAGGUUUGUGCGGAGGCGCAAGGCCUACUGGGCCCUGUCCAAAUUCCCCAUGGUGCAUUGCUGCGCAUCCCAGCAACCCCUGCACUUCUGUCCGCAUUUGGCGCCAUCUUUCAACGGCUUUUGUGCUGCGUGUUCUGCCUUCUCAGUCUGCAGGAAUGGAUCCCCAGCUGUUGGUCAAAAUGACGCGAGGUCUCACUAACAGGGCACGAAUGGCAGUUGCGUUGUUCCUGAAGCUGCAAGGUGACGAUGAGGCAUCCAUGUGGCGUUCGCACAACAAAAGAUUUUUUUGGUGACCUUCACGGCCCCCAGUGGGAUGUUGCUUUGGUGCUCGGGAAACAAGCACAGAAUGGUGGGAUCCCAGCGUCAUGCAAGCCGGGGAGGAUGCACAGCGGCUGCAGAACUUUCAGAGGAGGAAAGUCACUUUCUUGGGACUCUGUGCUAGGCGUGCCCCCACCCUGCGGUGCAAGGACCCAUGUGUAAGAGCUGCCUUGCCAGUGGAGAAGCAAGUGGAGAUCGCACCGUGGAGGCUGGCGUCUCCAAACAGCUUUCACUCAGUUGCCAAUCAGUUUGGAGUGGGCAAGUCGACCGUUAGACUCAUGCCGACGGAAAUGUGCAUGAAACUGUGGAUGGCUUUGCACGGAUGGGCUUCCCAAGCUGCGGAGGGGCGAGAGAUCACACACCCAUUCCACUUCUGGCAUCAGACCAUCCAACCUCUGAGAACAACCAAGCAGGGGUGGCCCGUGGCUAUAGGCGGACUUGGCUGCCGCCUAAGGCACCGCCACCUGGGGCACCCGAUGAUGACGUCACGGGGGUGCCCGCGGCGCCCCCAACGACAUCAGGCCAUUGACCACCCUGUGUGUGGGGGUGCCAAUCGUGCGCUCCGCCUGGGGCGCCAGCUGCCGCAGCCGGCCUCAAGCCGCUCCUGCAACCAAGGGGUAUUUCUUCAUGGUUCUGCAGGCAUUUGUGGAUUUCUGAGAGUGUUUCAGGAACAUUAAUGCAGGCUGCUGCAGAAAGGUGCAUGGCACGUGCAUCUUUCGGAACAUGGGCCUGUUUGGGAAGCUGCAAGCGGGGACUUUCCUCCCAGACCAGAAGAUCAAAUGGAAAUGCCCACUGUGAUCCUUGGAGACCUUGCCUACCGCUUCAUGCUGUGGCUGAUGAAAC